AUGGGCAAGAAGCACAAGAAGCACAAGUCCGAAAAACACGGACAUGAAGAGUACGGAGAGAGACCCCUGAAGCUGGUGUUGAAAGUGUCGGGGAACGAGGUGACGGCAGGAAGCUCGACCCUCGACACGUUUUACGACGAGCAGCCGGCGGACUAUGACAAACCCAAAGACAAGAAGAAGAAAAAGAAGAAGGAUAAAGAGAAGAGCUUUGGAUCACCGGAGGACGACAGAGCGAAGAAGAAGAUGACAAAGAAGAAGAAAGGACACGAUGCAGACGGAGAUGAUGAUCGAGAACAAUGCAGAACUCCGAUUCGUUCAGAGCUGGAUAAACUGGAAGAGAAAGAACAGACUCCUCUGCAGGAAGCUUUGAACCAGCUCAUCAGGCAGCUCCAGAGGAAAGACCCCAGUGCAUUCUUCUCGUUUCCUGUGACCGACCUCAUCGCUCCUGGCUACUCAUCAAUUAUCAAGCGUCCAAUGGACUUUAGCACAAUGAAGGACAGAAUAAAGAAAGAGUGCUACCAGACGUUGGAUGAGCUCAAGGUUGAUUUCAGGAUCAUGUGUGAAAACGCCAUGAUUUACAACAAACCUGACACCAUCUACCAUAAAGCAGCUCGGAAGCUGUUACACUCUGGAAUGAAGAUCUUGAGCCAGGAGAGACUGGAGAGCCUUAAACAGAGUAUAGAGUUCAUGUCUGGCCUUGACCCUUCUGCCAAACCACCAUGGAAGACUGAAGAUCAAGGGGGCACCAGCCUGGACCAGAACAGAGAGGGACCCUCAACCACAGACACCAGCGAGAGCUCCCAGACGCCCAGUACACCCAGACAGGACAAGGACUCCAAAGACGAGGCAGCAAAGGCAGAGAAAGAGCUGGAGGAAAUCCGCAAGGUCAUAAAGGAGUCUGGAGGAAAGCUGUCCAACAGAGUGCUGCAAUGUGAUUUGGAGUUUGCAAGACGAAAGUCUGAUGGCUCCACUACCAUGGCUAUCCUCAACCCAGCAGAUCCAUCAGUAGGAGAUGUUGGCUACUGUCCUGUGAAACUGGGCAUGAUGUCAAACCGGCUGCAGAGCGGUGUCAACACUUUGCCGUGCUUCAGGGAGGACAAGAGGAACAGGAUCACUCCAGUGUCAUACAUGAACUACGGGCCGUUCACCUCCUAUGCCCCUACCUAUGACUCCAGCUUCUCCAACAUCAGCAAGGAGGAUUCUGACCUUAUCUUCUCUUUGUAUGGAGAGGACUCCAGUCUGCAGGGCUCAGACAGCUUGUCAGAGUUUCUCUCUAAAUCCGACGAGUACGUGUACAAACAGGCCGACAAUCUCCUCGAUGCACUGACGAACGGAGAGCAUUCAAAAACCCUGAUGGAGACAGAGCCACAGGUGGAGGAGCCAGAAAAAACACAAGAGAAGAAGAACACUGAGGUAGCUGAACCCGAAGCAUCCAGCUGCAGCAGACUCGACUCUAUGCGCGCCGUUGCAGGCCUGCAGACGACCAAGGAGCUGUCUGGAGAGGCCCUACACUUCCAGCAGAAACUGGAUGAGACUACAAAGCUGCUGCGCAACUUGCAGGAAGCACAGAGGGAGCGUCUGAGCGCCAAGCAGCCGCCUAACAUGAUCUGCCUGCUGGCCCCGACCGCCAAGGAGCUGGAGCUGGCUGAGAAGGUCACAGGGAAUCUGGCCGAGCUGACUGGCCAAGUUGCGCCAUGCGACGUCAGCAGCAUCUAUGGCAUCAGAAGAGCUAUGGGCAUCGCCGUCCCUGCAGGACCACCCAAGCCCCUCAUAGACCUCACUACAGUGGAGGAGACGACUGAACUGAUGGAGACCUCGUCCUCGUGUCAAGAUGCAGCUCCGGUCAUGGCAGUAAAAUGACAUGUCAACCACUCACAUUUACUUUAGUAACUUAAGUUUUGUAUGAAAAGGUGCUUUUUUUGUGACGUUUGUAUGGAUUUCAAUCAAUAAAUCAUGUUUUUAUAAGAAA